UUUUUCUCAUUCAUUUGUAAACUUAAUGAAUUCAAUAGUAUUCUUGUUUAUUAAUUCAUAAAAUAUUUGGUUUGUCUAGAAAGAAUUAAUGAAAAGACCAAAUUAAUGUGGUACAUAUUGAGGUAUUGAUCAAAAUUCAUGGGUUUGCCGAGAUUUAAACGUCCUGUAGGGACUAGAGAACCAAGUUCAAAUCUUUAUGUGGCCAAUUGUGGACCUGCGGUUGGACUAACUUUGGACACAAUUGAAGCUGUAUUUGGUGCAUAUGGCCAAGUUAAGGGAGUCCAUCUCGCUGAUGAAAGUGGCACUAGAGUUAUUGUGUCUUAUCAUGAAGAGAAGUCGGCAGAAUCUGCCCUGACGGCGUUGAAUAGACGUGCAUGUCCUGAGCUCGGUGGCCGGUCUUUGCAUAUUCAGUAUUCAGUACCCUCUGUUUGUCAGGUUGCAGUUGAUGACUCAAUUCAGGUGUCUAUGGAAGCUUCAGAGUUAGAUAUUCCUGGUCUUUACUUGAUUCAUGACUUUAUCAGUGCCAAAGAGGAGGAGGAACUACUUGCAGCAGUUGAUACAAGGCCUUGGCAAAAACUUGCUAAAAGAAGGGUCCAACAUUAUGGCUAUGAGUUCCAAUAUAGUACAAGGAAUGUCAACACAAACCAGUACUUGGGUGAACUUCCAUCAUUUCUUUCCCCAAUACUUGAAAAGAUGUCAUUGUUUCAAAAGCGUGGUUACACUGGAACUGUACUUUUGGACCAGCUCACAGUUAAUGAAUAUCCACCCGGAGUGGGUUUGUCUCCGCAUAUUGACACCCAUUCAGCAUUUGAAGGAUUAAUAUUCAGCCUUUCAUUGGCAGGGCCUUGCAUCAUGGAGUUCAGAAAGUAUUCUACUGGUGUUUGGCCUACAAGCCCCGACACAUUAAGUGAUGAAGAGGCUCAAAAUUCCGACAAGAGCUCAAAGCUCUUGAGGAGGGCUAUUUAUCUUCCCCCUCGAUCUAUUCUUUUAUUAUCAGGGGAAGCACGCUAUGCUUGGCACCAUUACAUUCCACACCAUAAGAUUGAUGUAGUGAACGACACCAGAAUCAGAAGGGCUUCAAGAAGAGUGUCCUUUACAUUGCGCAAGGUAAGAAAAGGACCAUGCGAGUGUAAGUUCCCCGAAUACUGUGAUUCUCAGAAGCAAAAGACAAUUAUACACUGAUUAUGCUUUGCCAGAAACCAGAAGAUUCAAUCGAUGAUAAUUCAUUUCGCGUGGGUAUCUUCUGUAUGAAUUUUGUUACAAACAACAACCCAGGCCAGGUCGAGAACUGUAUCAUAUUUAAGUUGGAAUGAGAUGCUAUGUCAAAUUUUCUUGCAUCCUUUUCUGUUUUCGUUUGUUUGCAAGAAGAGGGAUUAGUCUUGCACUCUUGUCUAGUGCAGCAGAAUUCCAGGACAUAUAUAUCUGUUUUCUAUUUCUUAAAGCAGACUUUAGUCUUUAACUAUGUUGCCCUGGUCCUUCAAAAAUAACAUUGAGUUUGUGUCA